GCGACCACUGCAACCGGAAGUUGUAUGAGUAUCCACAACAUCAGACACAUUGCUGUGACUAUUAGCAUUCGAAGCCAGAGAAAACGUCGCGGAUUGCUUGUCAAUGUUUCUGUGCUUUUGAGAUGAAACACAACUCGAACGUCCCAGGUUUCCUCACCAAGCUGUGGACGCUGGUGGAAGAUGCGGACACCAACGAACUUAUAUGUUGGAGUCAGGAGGGCAAUAGUUUCCUGGUGCUGGAUGAGCAGCGCUUUGCCAAGGAGAUUCUCCCCAAGUUCUUCAAGCACAACAACAUGGCCAGCUUCAUCAGGCAGCUCAACAUGUAUGGAUUCCGUAAAGUGAUGCACCCUGAGCAAGGCAUUGUCAAGCAGGAGAGAGACGGCCCUGUGGAGUUUCAGCAUGCUUUUUUCCAACAAGGACAGGAUGACCUUCUGGAAAACAUCAAGCGGAAGGUCUCCAACACUCGGCCUGAGGAGAAUACGAUCCGACAAGGAGACCUGUCCAAGAUCUUGGCGACUGUUCAGAGUGUUCACAGCAAGCAGGAGAACAUCGAUGUCAGGCUGGCAACACUGAAGAGGGAGAAUGAAGCGUUGUGGACAGAGAUCUCGGAUCUGAGACAGAAGCACGCCCACCAGCAACAACUUAUCAAGAAGCUGAUCCAUUUCAUCGUUACAUUGGUACAGAACAACCACAUCUUGAAUUUAAAACGCAAAAGGCCAAUUCUCAUGAACAGCAAUGGAAAGAAGCCCAAAUAUAUUCAUGAGAUCUACGAUGAAGUGUGUGUGGAGCAGUCACCCGUCAGCAGUCUGAAUAGCGUGAAAGACGAUGUUAUCAUCUGUGACCUGACAGAGAACGAAACCGAGGUCACAGACUGGUCUCCCAGAACCAACGAGCCAGGGGAUGUGGAAAUAGUGGAAGUGGAUGCGGGCCCCGGCCCCGCCACCGUGCUGGCUGUCGAGGCGGAGGCCAGCACAACGAGCACAGAAGAGGCCGAGCAGGUGGAAGAGCCGAGGAACAACAUGUUGGACAGCAGCAGAGCAACCAGCAGCGCUCUUCAGCUCAAUAAAACUUCAGGCCUGAGUCUGGAAGACCCCGUCAAGUUGAUGGACUCCAUACUGAAGGAGAAUGGCGCCUUUUCACAGAACAUCAACCUGCUGGGCAAGAUGGAUCUGAUGGACUAUCUGGACAGCAUUGACUGCAGUCUGGAGGAUUUUCAGGCCAUGCUUUAUGGGAAACAAUUUGGCGCGGAUGCCUUGGAGGAGAACGUGCCGUCAAAAGAAGGCCAAGCACAGAUGAACCGCUGCAAGCAGCUGGAAGACAACGCGGACAAGCAGUUAAUCCAGUACACCUCCUGCCCCCUGCUGGCCUUCCUGGACGGCUGCGUUGGCCCCGCUGAGGUGGACCUGGGCGGCGGCAGCGGCACACAGCUGCCCCCCUCCACUUCCACCGCCUCCACGGGUCCGGAACCCCCCUCGGACCUGCUGGAUGGCGGCGUGGAACGUAAGCGGCUCGGUCGCAGCUCCCUCAUCCGCCUGGAACCUCUGACGGAGGCGGAGGCCAGCGAGGAGACCCUUUUCUACCUGUGUGAACUCAGCCCCGACUCACCACAGAUGGACGCCAUGUGAGCAGAAAACUUCUCACGCUUUCCCUCCGGCUGCGCUUUGUCCCCUUUCACACAAUACCAUGCAUUUUAGCUUUGGAACAUCGCAACACAGCCCUGCCUCGUUUACUCAAUUCCAAGAUGAUGGCGUCCUGGCUGCAGAGUUCUGUGUGGAAUGAAUCUUACGGUUAUAAAGGGAAACAUUUCCUGCCAUGUUUGCUUUAUUUCAUUCUUUUUAUUACGUCCUGGUUUUGAUAUGGAUGCUUUUUAUGGCGGUGCUGUGUUUUACGUACAGAUUGUAGUACGGUGAGAAAGGAAAGAAGACCUAAACAGACUGUAAAUACUUCUGGACUGUAGUCUUCAUUUAUUCUUUUAUGAUUUGUCAUUAGCAACAUUCCUUAAGGUCCUGAUCACAUGUUUGCUUGCUAACAUUGGCAUCUGGAAUAAAGCUGACUGUACACGAAGCCUAACAAAAAUAUCUAAAUAGAAAUCAUAAAUAACACUUUCUUCAAAAAGAUUUCAUUUUGUUACUCCAUUUCUUUUGUAGUGUUGAUUCUGUUGUGUUGUAAAGUUUACAUGACAUGGAUAUGCAAAAUGUACAUUUCAAUAAAUAGUGACUACUGCUUUCAUUUGGAAA